UAAUUAUAGUUAAUUCGGGUGCGUGCAUGUCAGCUGCCAACGCGGUUUCGAACCAUAUAUCUUCACCGCCCUAUUUAUUAGACGACUUCUUCAGCUGCCGUAGCUCACUCCAUUUUCAGCGCCAUUUCAAAAAUCGCUCUGCACUCAACCACGACUACUCUUCUAGUUGGAUUCACGCUUUCUGCGUUUGAAUGCUAGCUCUCCGAUUUCAAGCAAACUGAUCAUUAAUGGCGUCCUUCGAUAAUUUUAUGGCGGUGGAGCAGCCGUGGAUGAUCCGACCGGAGAUUUUCAGCGACGGAGCUCUGACGACGUCGUCGUUUUACGGCGGCGUCGCCAGCGAUUCCUCCUACGGAUCGUCUUACGUCUUAUCGGACGAAUUGUUGGAGUGUAUUUUUGCGAAGCCUGAUGCGACGUCGUUUCAGACCCAGACGCCGUCGGCUUCCGACGUCGGAUCGGAGAAGGAAGCUGCGGUUGUCUCCGCCGCGUCGAAGCAACGCCGGCGGAGCGGCGCCGUCGUCCCGCCGCCGACCGGUAAGGUCUCGAAGCGCAAGUCGCGCGCGAAGAAGAAAUCCGCGAAGACGACUUUUCUCUCCGCCGAUCCGGCGAAUUUUAUGCAGAUGGUGCAGCAGGUCACCGGUGGGAAUUUCGGCGGCGGCGCCGGCGAGGCUGUCGCCGCCGCCGCUGCGUGGAAUCCGGUCGCGGUGAAUCCGCUCGGCGGAUUGGCGACGCUCGACACGUCGUCGGCGUUUCUGACGGACGGAUCGGUUUCGCAGCUGUCUGGAGACGGCGGCGGAGUCGCCGCGCCGGAGCCGUACGUCGACUCGUUUUGUAUCUUCCCUACUCUGGAGUCAUGGAAAGCAACGUAAGCUGGACUGGAUAUGAACGGAGGGUAAAAUGGGAAUAACUGUAAAAUCUAGGGGCAUGUAUGGAACUUCGCUUUCCUUUUUCCAUCCUUGUAGCGAUGCGAUGAGAUCUCUGAUUAAUCAACGGUCAAUCUUUUUUAUUA